GGUCGCCGCCUCCUCGUGCAGCUCCCGGUGGACCGGGCGGGGGAGCUGGAGGCGAUCGCGUGCGACCCGGACGACAUAGAGUCCACCAUCGCGGGCAACUUCCGCCGAGGCAACGCCGUGAUCGCCACGCGAGACCUGCGCGUCGGCGGGCAGGUGGUGGUCCGAGAGGGCGUGCUCGGCACGGUGGUGGGCCCCAGCAGCUCCGACGCCCAGAGCAGGGUGACGGUGUCCUUCAGCUACCGCGAGGACGGGAGCCGCAACCGCCUGAAUUGCAUCAUCAACGAGAUCCGCCUUUACAUAGCCGGCGGUUUCGACGUCCCCGCCCCAGCCGCCGCGCGCAG